AUGGAUGAGCGGCGCAGAAGCGUUCAACGCAUCCAGCCCGAUAUGCCCGCAACCUCAAGGUCAAGCCUUCGAGGGUCGUUAAACGGCGCCCAGACUAGCGCAAGUAUUCCUUCGGAUACUGAUGGGCGGGCUGAGCCUCCUCGGCAGUCGCAUAUAUAUGCCCAAGCAUCUGCAGUGGAAUUGACAGAUGAGAUUUUUCAUCUGCACAAUCAGGGAUCGGUCAUUUCACCUACAACACACAGCAAUACUUCCGCCCUUCCUGGUGGGACCUUCGUCAAUAGUCGCAUACCUGACAACCGGGAAGAUGAUGGAAAGACUAGCCUUUCUUCACACUUUCCUGGGUUAGAUCUCCCACCCCGCCCAAUCUGCGACUUCCUGCUGCAGUCUUACUGGAGAUCUGUGCAUUGGUUCAUGAUGCUUUUCUAUAAGCCUUCCUUUGAACAAGAGUAUAGGCAAAUCAUUGGCAAUCGAUAUGUGACUGCUCGGCAACGGGGCACAUCAGUGUUGAUUCUGAUGGUUCUUGCCAUAGGGGCAAGAUAUGCCUCGGAUGAGCAACGCUCGAAAGCUGGCAUAUCCAAGGAAGAGUUAUCCUCUCUUCAGGGAGAUAUGCUCAACCAGGUUCGAUUGCACUAUUUCGAUGUUUUGGACACUGGGGCCAUAGAAUGUGUUCAAUUGUGCAUUUUGCUGAGCACCUAUUAUCUUUACAAUGGCAAGCCAAAUUUAGCGUUGCCUAUCCUUGGUGCGGGGAUCCAAAGUGCCCAGGCACAGGGACUACAUAAGGAGAGACUUUGGGGCCCCGCAACUGAGAUCGUUCUCGAAGUUCGCAAGCGAACUUGCAUGCCACGAGACAUGGAUGACAUCCUGACUGUGCAUCCAUUGCUAAAUUCGCUUGAGAGCCCUGAGAGCCAGUCCACAGCCCGAGUCACACUGGGUUCAUAUCAACGACACAAAUUCAAUCUAUACUCUAUUGCAAACCCCGUCGUUGGCAAUAUUCAUAAUGUGCAUGUCUCCAGUUCGCAGACUGCAAUGAACCAAGCCGCAGAGAUCAACACCAAGCUGGUACACUGGUUUGACCGACUCCCUGUGGAGCUAAAGCUGGAGCACAAUGUCGAUUUGGACAUGGGGAGUUUGACAAGCGCUGAGGCUGAGAUCUGCCAGCUAUUUCAACUGCAGGCACUGGUCCUUCAGCUGGCCUAUGAUAACAUCCAAAUAAUUCUACACCGUCCGUUUAUUCGAUGUACUCGCCGUUUACUCAUGCCUUCCAGCUUGCGCGACUCGGAUGCGCGCCCAACAAGUUUCGAACAGUGCAAGCACUGUGCUCGCCGCACCUGCAGUAUACUUCCACGAUAUGCUAAACUUCUCUAUUUAGCCCAAACCACUCAUGCAACUGCAUAUAUUGCCAUACAAAAUUUUACUGCAGGUGUCACCCUGGCAAUGGUGGCGCUGUCUGACCCCGGCUCGGAACAAUCUCUCGAUGCCAAAAAAGGUGUCGCGAAUUCAAUAUCGUUGCAACAAACACUCGCUGCAUCGUCUAUUGUUUCAUCGCAGACGGUCAAAGUUCUCGAAGGGCUCUUCCAGCUAAUGUUCAAGCAUGAAAUGCAGUCAUUGCUCCGGAGCUCGUCUCUUGAUUUGAACAAUCCCAGCCCGAUAGGCGGGCCACCGAGCCAAGCACGUGAGCCCGAUGAUUUUCACGCGUCUGUCAGUAAGAAUCUUCCUAUGGACCGGCGAUUUAAUCAGACACUCUCACGUGGAGGCCAGGAGGAAUCACAGCUGUUAUCAAGCAUCAUUGAAACCGACCAAAGACCCCAAGUUCCCCUCAGCGAUCAGGCAGCGAUGAACCCCGAUCUUGAUCAGGAUUUUCCCGUUUUGUCCUUCCAUUCGGGGAUUGAUCAAGCACUAGAGUCGGUGCAGCAAGUACUAUGGAAGAACUGCGAUGCUAUGGGACAUCCAGGGGCUUAUGUCCCGGAAGUUUCCGGCCCGCAGGAUGAUAUUUACGGACAAUCGAGGUCCUUCGUAGGCAAUUUCGCAGAAGAAAACAUUCGCCUCUCCCCGCCGAAUCCACUGGUCUCAAUGGCUGACCCUGCUAGCCAGGCUCUGAACACUCUGAAUAACUCCUUCCUAGGUCAGAGCUGGGUAUGGAACCAGCCAGACUUUGACAGGCUGCGAGAACAGUAA